AUGGACCCGAGUGCUACGUCACAACGGCAGUCUGCCUCGGAUCAUGGCGACGCCUCCGCUUCUCCCAUAGCCGCCAUCUCCGCGCCCGGCAGACUACCAGACUUCUGGCCCAAUAAUGUCUGCCUUUGGUUUGCGCAAGCCGAGUCAGAGUUUGCACUCAAAGGUAUUCGCUCCGAAUCGACGAAGUACCACAUGACCAUACGGGCCCUUUCGGAGCGAGACAUAAGCGAAGUUGCCGACAUAGUGGCCAACCCACCGACCGAUACUCCUUACCGAUACCUCAAGCAGGAGCUGCUACAGCGACUCCAAGCAAGCACGACACAGCGCCUUCAGCGGCUGCUCUCAACAGAAGAGCUAGGCGACGACAAACCAUCUCAGCUCCUGCGUCGAUUGAAAGCGCUCCUUGCGGACAAGGCAAGCUCGUUCGACGAAGAAUGCUUGCGGGAAUUGUUCCUUCAACGCCUGCCGCGCUCCGCGCGCAGCCUGCUCACGGUGUCCCAGACCACGUCACUCACGGAGCUCGCAGCGUUGGCUGACCAACUCACGGAAGACAUGUCUCCAUCCGUGGCGGCUGUUCACUCGUCUCACAUCCACCACGCCCAGCCCGACCUGGAUUCUCGGCUACAGGCGUUGGAGAAGUCGCUUGAGAGCCUUCGUCUGGAGCUACGAUCCGACCGGCCGCGCCGUCGUUCCCCCUCCCCACGGCGCAUCGGCAGUCGACCGCAAGGCCGCACGGCCGCCUACCGUUCUCCGUCACCUCCACCGCCGGAAUCGCUCCUUUGCUGGUAUCACCUCAAAUUCGGUGCAGCUGCCCGCCAAUGUCGUCCCCCCUGCCAGUGGGCGGGAAACUGGUCAGCCGCCCGUUAG